AGUUCUAAGCUGAGACACGUAGAAAAAGAUGUUUUGAUUCCGCAGAUAAUGAGGGAACGAGCCAAGGAGCUGUGUUCAGAUAAAGUGCAAGCAUUUACAAAAUGCUGUCAAGAAACUGGUUUCCUUAUGGUGGUGAAGUGUCAGCAAGAGAACACAGCACUGAAAGACUGUCUGGUUGGCUACUAUUCUGAUCCAUUAUUCUACGAAGAAUGCAAAGCAGAAUAUCUGAAGCAAAGAGAAGAAUACAGAGCAACUGGAAUUAAGAAAAAAAGACAGACGCUUACUUCAAAUGUGUAGUUAAAAUGAACUUUUCAAAUUUUGUAUCUGACUUUGAUUUGACUUAAUUUAAACAGACGUAAAUAAUCUGUACCUACCCUUCUGUGUGAAAUUUAACUGUUACACAAAAUGAGAUGAAUGGAAAAUAAAAUAAUCUCUAACCUUAAAAGUAAAUUUUAAAAUUUUCUGUAAUUAAAGAUAUUAAAGCAUGCUGUCACAGUUGGCAAGAGAAGUUACAAAGGUCUGUUCCUCUUUGUGGACUUGAGGUUUUCUUACCAAUUUACAAAUGGCCUUUUGGAAUUUAAAGCUUGUAUCUAGUUAUCUGUGGCAGGCCACAUAAAAACUUCAGGGUGAAUAGUUGCAGUUGUAUUAACUGAUCACAAAUUUGGUAUAUACUAAAAGUAGUCUAAUUGUCAUCUGAAGCUGAGGGUGUAUGGAGAUACUCGUGAUGUUCUUACUAGAAGAGAAGGGUGGCAAAUGCAGAAGGGAAGAGCUGCUUGGGCCAACUUGAUUUAUCUGCUUGAUGAAAAUGUUGAGUCAUAUGAGAGCCUGAAUAGUACUUGUGCCUAUACUGUGACUCAUUUUUAAGUCUACAUUAUUAGAAGAGAUGGCUGCCCCAUGCCCGUGUGUGGCCCAGACUGACUGUUUCAACUCUAGAGGAAAAAGUCAUUGGAUCAAGACCUUUCCUGAGAAUGGGAGAAACCAUCCUGGAGGCAAAAUCAUUUGAGAGCAGUAUCCUCCCCCACUUUCCUCUGUCAGAAUAGGAUUGUGUAAGCUUCCACAUUUCAGGAGUGAGCAAGUGGCCACACUUGCAAAAUUAUUACAGGUGGAGACCAACAGAUGCUUCCCAAGCCAGCUUGCUCCCAAAUGACUUCCAAUCUGGGGACUUCCUUUACAAAUGUUACAGCUUGGCCGCAGCAAUAAGUGACUGGAUUGGAAAUGCUGCCUCCAGGCAGCUCUCCAUCAUCCUGCCCUCCCUUGCAGCAGUUCUGAAGUCCCUCUCAGCAAACAUCACUGCUCCUUUCUCCAGGACAGGAAGCAGCACAGAAGAUAAACCAAGAGUCAAAGGCAAAGCCUAGGAAGUCUCAGGCAUUGCACAUUGCAGCUUGAUUCUAAGCUUCCCUGUCACACAAGACUGUGCAAGCUGACCAGGAGCCUCCUGUCACAAGCGGUCAAACUGCAGGAACAUCCCCUAGUUUAAGGUAACUAAGUCCUUCAGGUUUCAACAUCCACGUGAAUACUUUCCCAGAAUACACAGAAGCCAUCUUCAGAGGCUGUUUGUUUUUUUCCUGAAUGGAAGAGGAUGAACCCCAAAAUUUGUUUGUAUUUGGAAUGACAUUUAUGCACAAUCAAGAAAUCAAAAACGAGUAAAAAAUUGUGCCAAAUACCACAAGGAAAUUUGUAAGUGAAACCAAUAUCAAACAAAAAUAAAUUUAUUUAAAGUCUUACACAGUAGAAUUCCUUCAUUGCACAAUUCGAAGUAUUAAUCAUGUUGAUAUCUGUUGGAUAAUAUAUCACUUAAAAAAACCCUCCGUAACGUUGAGGUGGAGAACCCUAAAAAGUAAGCUACAUUAGAACUACAUACCAUAUAGCUUUUGCAGCCACAUGAGAAAUGUUUUCUGCUGCUUUGUUAUUACACAGGUAGUUGGUUCUAUCAGCUAAAGCCUAGUGACUUGGAUUUGUUUUAUGCAUAUUGGGUUUUGUUCUAUUACUUUCCAAGAGAUUGUACUCCCCUGAGUCAGCUGUGUUCAUUGGUCAGAAUAAAUUCCAGCAUCUGACACCAUUUCCAUUAAUCACAGACAAGCCAGUAUACGUGAGCAAGAUAAUAGAAAGAUAAAAACAGUAUCUGGUGAGUGGGAAACAUUAUUUAUGUAUGCUGUUCACUAAUACAGUAGAAGGUAUGUGGAAGGAAUUUUUUCAACUUUGAUAGACAAACUGAAAGAGAAGAUGGGCAUCAUAUGAAGUACUUACUCCACAGGGAAGAAAGUAUCUGGAACAACACAGAUCAUGUAGCACCUUGGUAACACUUUUAUAGCCCGUCAUUACCAGGGCUGUGCUACAGUCAUGGCUUCCCCAUGUAUUUGCAAGCAAUUUUAAGAUCAUUUGCUACUAAGCAGCUGUGAAAUUAAUUUUUAUUACACUGAUCUUAAACUGGACCUGUGAAGUUGAAUACUUCACCCAACCACCCACACAUCUGUAAAUAACAUAUUUAGUAUUGUCUUCCCACCCACUACAAGUUAGGUAUCAGGGAUCUAAAAUACAAAGCAUUUUUCUUCAAUGUACUGAGCAGUCUUAUUUCACUUAACCCUGCUAUAUUAAGCCAGAUAAUGAAGCAGAGCAGUUAAAAAAAAAAAGCAUAAAUUGUCUAAAACCAGUUCUUGGCCUUAAAAGAAAACAGUGGUAUUUGGACACACAUAAUCUAUAAAGCAGGCAGUUGCAAUUCAAAUAGCUCUAGUUCUCAGUGGCAUGCUAAAGAUACCACAGAAAUAAUACUUAUGUAUAUCAACAAUGCUACAACACCUAGUCCGAUUAAAUUAAGGCUUUGUUUCUUUAAUUAAAAAAGUGAGUAGCCUUCACCCCCACACAAAAAAGUUAAGGUUCUGUUGCUGUGCAAAGGUGGCACAACAAGGGCAACUGCACUGUGAACAGGAUGAUUCUGUGGCAGGCACCACUGUGUGCAGAAUUAAGUCUCCUAUAGUGUGAACUAAGGGAAACAAGCUGAACAUCCAAGAUUCACAGUGUUCAGCAGCACUACUUCUGAUACCUUGUAAUUCACAAUAAGGCCCAAAAUGGCAUAAUCUCAACAGGAUAGCCUAGGAGUGAUUUUUUUGCUUGCCACUAUCUAAUAUAAAUCAAGAUUUUGAUAAAAAGAUCUUACCUCUCUUGGUUAAAAAUUACAUUAAAAUGCAUUUCUAAUCCAGAGGAAUCCAGAGGUUAAUUGAAAGGAGGAAGGAAGAGAUAAUCCAAUUCUUCAUAUGUCUUACUCUGAAAAAAACCACUGUCAAAACAAUAAGCUCAGAGCUGGUACAACUUUUAAACACAGGAUACCAGGUAUUUUUUUGAUAACAUACAAAUAGCAAACAAAUACACAACUGGGUUAUUCUGCUUUAUUCCAAGAACUCACUUUUCAGUGUAAUCUUUUGCAAAUGUAUGCCAUUUGCAGUACAAGACUAUCUAGGCCCCAUGCUAGAUUUCUUUAUAUUUACAUUAAUACCAGCACAGCUUUAACUUCAAGGAACUUACUCCUGACUUACAGCAGAGGAAGACUAGGCUUUCUGUUUUGGAACUAGAAUUAAAAAUAAAGAAACAACAUUUCAGGCAAUUUGUUUUCCCUCUUCAAGUUCAAGUGUUAAGGUGCCUAUUCAGAACCACUGUAAAAUGCCUCAGUUCAUUCCAAAAAUUGUUUAACUCUUGUGCAGACAGUUUUGAUUACACUGAUCCAGGUAAUCUGCUGGACAGUUUAACAAAGUUUUAUUUCUCAUUUCCCAAAACACAUUCUCAUUAGGCUUUGGAGGACUUGGGAAUACCCAGGAAUUAUCUUCCAGAGAGCUCUUUCCAUAGGAAUGGUGUUCCUGAAAUGUUUUGCCAUCAACAGGAAUGGGUCUCUCAUCUGUCCAUGCUUGUAGAGUCACCCUUUCAGAUGGGAUUUUUACAUCUCUCAGCAGAGGGGGAGACACAGCACUGCCGAAUACUUUAUCAUUUUGUGAGAGUUUUUUAUAGACUACCCCAGAUGUCAAAUUCAGCUUUGAAAUGUUCGAGUCAACACAUUGUACUGGUGCAGUAGAGGCAGCUGAAGAAAGAAGAUAAAAAAAGAUUUUAAAAUUACAUUAUCUAAUGCAUUUUUCCUAUACUCCAAAUCUACUACAGUAUCACAGGGAUGUUAAACCCAGUGUUUUCAAGCUACAAAUUUUCAGACCAUAUUUUAUGUCAGUAACUACUUAAAAGUUACAAACUGAAUGCACUAACCUCCUCAGUCUGAUUUUGCAAGAUGAACCAGAGAUCCUGAAAUCUCAAUGUCUAAAAUACACCCAACACCAAGGAAACCUCCCAGCUCCCACUUGGACACAGAUAAAGUGAUGAAUCUUUUUGACAAGACUGGAAUGAAUGCUGAAACAGAGAGGAUUCUCAUGCACUUGGAGCAAACGACCAGAUUCAGAACAUGGCUUAAGCAGAGCAUGCUUCUUCCUACUGCACCGAUUGUUUCAAUAAGUCAUGUUCUAAGGCUGCCAAGAACCUGAAUUCUCACUGUCUGUCAAGCAGUAAGAGGGAAAUGCAUGGUGUUCACAGGUUCUCUCUGCUCCACUAUUCUCUGACUUCUGAAAGUAAAGCGACAGACCGCAAUGUUCAGCCAUCUGAAAUUCCAGGGGAGUUUUAAACCAUGCUAGGAAGGGGAGGAUAUUGAAACAGAACAGCAGCUACCUGGAAUGAAAGAACCUUCAGUGCAGGUCUGAACAGAUGGCCAAGUACAACCAGGUAAUUUUUUUGUCAUGAGAAUUUACUUAACAUGUAAUGGGAGUAGAUUAAUGAUUCCUGCAGUUAAAAGAAACUCACAUCUUGCAGGUAGUUUUCUAGAACAGCUACAAGUCUUGAGUAUGAAAUAUGAUUUGUAACUUUAGUUCUUAAGGGACAAAAAGAGGAGCCAAUAUCUUGGACAAAGAAUACAACUUCUGUUUGUCACUGUAAAUUAUAAGGUGAUACCCAAUUUGCAAACAUCAGCCAAAAGCACUUUCCAGUAGUACAGGCAUCACAUCUGAAAGACAUGCUAAGGCACUGGAUUUGGCCUCUUUGUGCUGACAGGUGUAAAGAGCAAUUUGAGGUCUACAGACCUUCAGAAUGUCACAAAAAUUGGAAUCCACCAAAAAUGGAUUGAAAAUGAAAAAAAAAACAACCAACCAAGCAAACCACAAAACAAAAGACAUGAAAAUGCCUCCACACCUAAAUGACAGGUAAGUAGAAACCACGUGUUAGCUGACACUGCUAACAUCACACACGGAGCAAUGAAUACAUUGAGUUCUGCAAACUUUAUGCACCUCUUACAGUGGCAACUAGUUUGUAUACGGUAAAACAGCCAGUACUACAGGUAUAGAAAGAGGAAAUUUCAAGUCAAGUCUACCCAUAUUAUGCCCAAGCCAAGAUUUUUCUAUAAAUUUGAGCAGAUUUAUCUGCACUGCAUUCAUAAGUGUGGCUGACAAGCAAGGUAAACAAAAAAUAAAUACAAUUUUCAUUUCUACUGAACCUGUCGACUCUUACAUACAUCUGAAAAAUUACUAAAAAAAAAAGCCUACAGAGCAAAAGGCAAAAUUCCACUGUUUCCCAAUCAAUCAAUAAUGCCUUUUAGAGCUGUGGAUAUACAACUGCAUUAGCAACUGCAGAAUAUCUGACUGUUCACCAAGUAGAAG